UCUCCCCGCGCCUACUCCCACUCCGGCUUGGACUCCUUCCUUCCUCCGCCCGCUCCCGCCCCCUGCCGCCGCCGGCGACCACCGGCUCUAUCCCCCUCCCUCUCGCCGCCGCAUCCACAUCGACCGCAUUCAACCGCGCCACCCGCCUCCCGUUACCCGCGACACGCCCUACCGCCUUCGGAGCGAGGGCAGGGGGAGCAGCGAUGGUGGUCAUCACCCCGCUCGCCGACAGCACCAGCAGCAGAUGGGCGGGGGUUCCUCCGACGAAGAAGAAGUCCGGCGGCGCCGCGAGGGUUCCUCAGCCCGUCAAUCCGCAGAACCAGAGCAUGGAUUUCAUGAGCACUGCCGCGUGGGGCAACAAACUGAUGCUCCCAUCAUCAAAUGCAUGGGGUUCACUCCGACUUCUGCAUCCCAAGAAUGAUGGAGCUUCUGGUUCACCUAGCCACAUUGAUGACCGCCCUUCUUCUCGAGGAAGCUCAACGUCAUCAUCAACAGUUGGAAGUGACUUCCGUGACGUACCAUUGUAUCACGUGCCUACUGUUACGAAUCGUCCUCGAAGCACCGAGACAAGAUCAGGAAGCUUGCAGCAUUCUUGUUUUCCAGAUUCUUUCACUAAUGUUCUGAAAGCACCAUCACGAACUAUUGCCAAACGGGCACCUACAUCACAUGGGAAAGGGUUCAGCCUGAGUAUAGAUGAUUUCCCAGUACUUGGCUCCAAAAAUUCUGCGUCAAACAGUCAACAAGUUACAGGACAUAGUUCAGAAGGGCGUCCAACUAUUGGUUCUGGUAUUGUGGUGUCACAGGAUGGACAAAGAAAGAGGCCAAUGGCUGGAACUGGUGAGGUAAUUUCAUCUUCCAAUUAUGAGCAUGAAAGUACCUUAAGAACAGACUAUGUCUGUGAAGGAGGUGAUCCAAUUCCUGCUGCAAAGUUGACAAGUAAAGCCCAGAAGACUCAACCGCAUGGCCCACAAGCUCCUAAUUUGUGUAUGCCUCCUCCGUGGUUAGAUUACUGGCAUCCUCCUCCUGAUCACCCCCCUGAUGAAAACAGAAUGUUGCAUCGAGCAGAGGCACCAUAUGAUCCAUACAAGCAUGCAGACCCCUCUGGCAGUUCCCUGGUUGAAUCUUUUGCUCACUCUGGCCAGUUCACACUCAAUCAGGACGCAGCAUUAAGGCCGUAUGCACGAGAGGAUGGGUGUUGCCUAGACAUCAGGGGUCUAUCUCAUCCUCAGGUACCCGCUGAUCAUCGCCUCACAGAUCAACGUCCUCACGUUCUUGGGAAGGUCAAGGAUGAUCUUUCAGAUGCAAUUGACAUUGAGAAGCAACCUAUCAUCAAGAAGGAUGUGGCCCUAUUAGAGAAAAUAAAGUGCCUAAACAACAAAGCUAGAAAUUUUCAUGCCCUUAAGUUGUCUAAUCUACUUUCAUCCAUGGAAUCCAAGGUUGAGCACGAGAAAAACAUUUGUGCUGAGCUAGAUCAUGUGACAAAAGAUAUUCUCUUAAGUGCUGCCACCAGUGAAAUCGGUCCUGACUUUGACAGGGGUAAUUCUGUUUCCGAAAGCAACAACCCUAUGCCAAUUAAUCCACCAAAUGUGCCUACUGAUGGUGUAAGUGUUGUUGGUCUGUCAGAACAAAAGGCUACUGAAUUUUGUGAAGCUGGAAAACUUGGUAAAUCUGCUGAUUAUCUUGCAUAUGGAAGAGGCACUACGUCAAGAAACUGGCUCGAUGGCUGUGCUAAGGACAUGCCAUGUAGUAUUUCGAGACAUGGAUGGGAAGGGCAGUCUAUGGUUGACGCUUUGCGAGCAAUUGUUAUAAGAGAUGCUCAACAAAACCAACCUUUUUCUAGGAACACUUCACAGCAGGCAUUAGUGACAGCUGCUGAUAAGGUGCAAAAUUUGCUUGAUUAUGAUGGCCAGCAUUCAAGAAUGAGAUAUUUAUCAGCUCAAGCUGCAAAACAACUACAGGAUGCGAAUGAUUGGAUUAGUAAACAGAAAGUAAAUGCUAUUGCAAGACUAGAAGAAUUGAACAGACAUCAAUUAUUGCAGAGUCAGAAAUCCAAUGAUGCACUCUUAGAAGCAGAUAACAAUCUGUACCAUGAACAAAAAACUGGACGUGAUGGAGCAGAAGAUACAUGCUGUAUUGUCUCUGCUGAUGGUCCUAAUGUGCCUUGGCCAGCAAAUGGAGUUGACUAUGCUACAGUUUCCAGCAGUUCCACUCCAGCAUCAAAUACUGAAGGUGUUAGUAAAGGUCCGUGGAUUCAUAAUGUCAUGUCCUCAGCCAAGAACACAGAGGUUAACAUGAUGGCAUGCAAAAGCACCUCACAGUCACAUGACAACAGUGCCCUAAAACACUGGCAGAUGGAGGAUAGGCAAAGACAAUUUUAUUCACGUGAGCCAAAUAUAAGGGAGAGAUCAAACAUAGCUGAAACCUCAGAUUAUGUUAGCAACACCGCUGAGACUCCUGCAGACACACUGGCUACUGAAGCUAAACCUCAGGAGAAACUCUCAACGAGAAACAAGAAUAUCAAGAGGGACUCUGCUGCAGUUAGGCCCGCAUCACCACCUGUGUUUGGCAGUGAGAAGAAUACUAUAGAAGUCUCACGUAUGCAUCAAACCCUUGUCCCAUAUGUUGCCAUCAGCAGUUCUAUGGUUCCUGCCCAGGUUAUUUCUGCUAAAGGUAUUAUGGUGGGUGGUAUAAUGCUUGAUGAUGUUCCACUUGCUUCGGUAAACCAGGAGUUGGCAGCGGCGGCUAAGGAAGUACACAAUAAAGCCAAUAGCCUGUCAAAGCCUCAGCAGAUCAAGAAAUCAGGAAAGGACCACUGCAGUGUACCGCCUGUUGAGAGUCCAGUUUGGAAUGAUAGCGUCCUGCACACACCAAUUAAACAGACAGGCAACAGAGAAAAGCAUGAAGAAGGCGGUCCAAAUAGCAUGCCUGUAUCUGCCGUGCCACAACCAUCUGGAAAUCACAGUACGAUUAGGGAGAAAAUGGCAACAAUGCAAAGGAGUGAAACCGGUUGGUAUGCCCAUAAGCCGGUAUACGAAGAGCUGCAACGGAAGAAUCUGGGGCAAACAUUGCCAGCAGAGAACCACAAAACAUCUUAUGAUAAUAGGGCAAAUGCCAAUUUGGAGACCACGAGUCAUGAUAAAGAAGCACAUGUUAAUCUCACCUCUGCUAAAGCCGAUGUUCCAACCGAGCUCAAAAACUGGCUGGAUAAGAAGAUGGGCUGGGGUCAAGGGAGGCAUCGUGCUUCUUUGCAACAAAAGAGUACUGAGGGAUUGGCUUCGGUGGUGCAAAAUCUUGCUGAACCAGCAUGCUACUUCAAUGUGGCAGAUGUCGUACAGGAGUUAUCUGAUCAAUGUCGAGCAGAGGAGCAAUUUGAGUCCAAGACCCAUGAUGCCACCGAGGAUCGUUCAAAACUAACUGAAACAGUUGUCUUGCCUUCCAGUACUUGGGAAACCUUUCCUGUCAAUAAUUGGGAAGGACACCGUGCAACUGACAGUCCAAGGCACUACCAUGUUGAGGGUCAAAGAAAUGCAGGAAGUAGCUAUGGCUACAAGGAGAGGGCAGGCAGGGGACGCUUCAUCCGCGGAACGUCAGAUCUAUCCAUAUCUCGCUGGAUGCCCAAACACAUCUUCCAUCCUCAGAGCAAUGCACAAGACGAUGACAUUUCCGAAUGGUUGCAGGAUUCACACCACAGCUUAUCUGACACGAACAACUCACAUGGCAUGGAUCGCAAACUGACUCGUAUUGUUGACAGAGAUGGUGGAAUGGAUCUCCAGGGUGGACAAGGCAAUGAUCUAGGCAUGAGUUUCAAAGAUGAAAACCCUCUGAUAUGGAACGAAACAGAGUGGGAAUAUCAGCAGCUCUUUCCAGCACCACACCAUUUUGGCCAACAACACAGCCGGAGUGACUGGGACGCAAAUGAGGACAGGCAAAAGGGAAGAGGCAGACACUCUGAGAACUAUGAUGCUGAGGAGGUAGGAUGUCCUGAUGGCUGGGAUAGAAAACCGACGCAGAUAGUCGACGGAGAUAGUGGGAUGGAUCUGCCGAGUGGAAAAGGCAAUGGAGACAUGAGUUUUGAAGAAGAAAACCUUGUUGUAUUGAACGAAACUGAGUGGGAAUAUCAGCAGCUCUUGCCAGCACCACAUCACCUUGGGCAACAGCACAGAGGGAGGGACCAUAACGCAAAUGAGGACAGGCAAAGGGGAAGUGGUGGACACUCUGAGUACUUUGAUCCAAAGCCGGUAGGAUCUCCUGUUGCUGCCUGUAACAUCCAGCGGAACACCGGUGGUGCCAUUGAUGAUCCAGUGGAUUCCUGCGAAACACCAGCUGCAUCUAGGGCUCGCUGGAUGCCUAAAUACAUCUCCCAUCCUCAGACCUAUGCACAAGACAAUGGCAUCUCUGAAUGGCCGCGGAACUCCCACCAUGGCUUACCUGACAAACACAACUCGCAUGGCAUGGAUAGCAAAUCGACACGGGUAGUCGACAGAAAGGGUGCAAUGGAUCUGUCGGGUGGGCAAGGUAAUGUAGGCAUGACCUUCGUAGACGAAAACCUUGCGGUAUGGAACGAAAAAGAGUGGGAAUAUCAGCAGCCGUUUCCAGCACCACAUUGCCUUGGCCAACAACACGGUGGGAGGGGCCGCAGCGCAAAUGAUGGUAGGCAAAGGGGAAGAGGCAGACACUCAGACACUCUUGAGUACCACAGUUCGGGUCCUGUAAGAUCUCCGGAUGCUGCCCCAGACGUCCAGUGGAACACCGGUGGCGCUGUCGAUCAUUCGAACAGGGGGCAUCGGGCUUCUUCAAGAGCAGGAAGUGGGCACGUGGAGCGCAGGCACUACAUUUGAGGCUGCGGUUGGAUAGCUGUGCUACAUCGAAUCAUUUUAAGUCAGUCGUGGUGUUUUUCUUUCAAGUUUAUGCGUCCUUUUUGUUCCAAGUCAGUUUCUUCCUCCGGGCAUGUGAAUUGUGAUGCAUUUACUUGUAGGGAAAACUUUAUAAUUUUAUAUCUUUAUAAAUAUACGUAUAAGUUCUGCUUGAGGAAUGUUGUACUUCUGAUGGCCUGCUGUUUGGGUUCGUUUCAUGAUAGAACCUUGCUGGUCGAUUUGUUCAGUUGAUUAUUAACAGCGUUGGAGACUCUA